AUGGGCAACACGACCAGUAGCGUCCUGGACAAUAUCGUCCAAGGGUCCAACUUCGACAGAGAGGAAGUUGACCGCCUGCGGAAACGGUUCAUGAAGCUCGACAGAGACAACUCUGGCACGAUCGAGCGCGAGGAGUUUCUGAGCCUGCCGCAGAUUUCCUCCAACCCUCUUGCGACACGCGUUGCAAGUAUGAUUGCUAUCUUCGACGAGGACGGUGGCGGUGACGUCGACUUCGAGGAGUUCGUCAGCGGUCUCAGCGCCUUCAGCGCCAAGGGAAACAAGGAGCAGAAGCUGCAGUUUGCCUUCAAGGUCUACGACAUCGACCGGGACGGGUACAUCAGCAACGGCGAGCUGUUCAUCGUGCUGAAGAUGAUGGUGGGUAGCAACCUCAAGGACCAGCAGUUGCAGCAGAUCGUGGACAAGACCAUCAUGGAGGCGGACCUGGACGGCGAUGGGAAGAUUAGCUUUGAGGAGUUCACCAAGAUGGUGGAAAGCACGGACGUGAGCAUGAGCAUGACUCUAGACCAGUUCUAG